GCUGUGCAGACAGGGUAACCAGUGGGAGGACAUAACUAGCACAUAGUUUCCCAAGGAUGAAUCAAAUGGCCCAGGUCUGCCCAUUGACUUCGGGUCGAGUCUUCAAGUCCACACCGGGCGGAAGUGCUGCGCACCCGCUUCCGCCGUGCUGAGUUGAGGGCCCGAGCUGCUCUUCAGCCUCUCAUCUGUUUGUUUGUCAAUAAUAUAGAGGGCAGGGAAAGGAGCCAGCCUGCAGGUCCUCGGUCUUGUUUGCCACCCUUGGACUCCGCGGCUGAGCCAUGAACGCGGGCGGGCAGAGCGACAACUUCGGCCCGGUGCCGUUUUCUCCAGGAGCCACAGUAUUAGUAGAGGUGAGUGCUGAUAUCCACAUCUGUGGCAUCUGCAAGCAACAAUACAACACAUUAGAUACGUUUGUGGCCCACAAGCAAAAUGGCUGCCAUCUGGGUACAGCUGCAGGCCCGAGUUCUGUUCAGUUUGUGGCAGAGGCAGCAACACCUGCUACCCAGACUCAGACAGCUACAAGUACCAUUACUGCACAGACGCAAACCAUCUCAGUUUCCAACCGUUUAUCAGAGUUUGGCUUUGAACAAGGUUAUCAGACUUAUCUACCAAGUACCAGCAGUGCAGGUCCAGUUGCCAAUCUAUCCCGAGGACUCACCAGACUAACUGCAAAAAAAUCAAAAUCAAAUUCAACGUCACAGAAGAAGUUAACGUGCUGUUACCCAGGUUGUGCGUUUAAAACAUCGCAUGGAAAUAAAGAUUUAGAUCGACAUUUAAGAACUCACACGGGUGAAAAACCAUUCAAAUGUGAUCUUUGCAACAAGAGAUUCAGUCGCCUGGAUAAGCUGAAGAUGCACAAUCGUUCACACACUGGAGAGAAGCCACACAAGUGCCAGCACUGUAACUACGCUGCUGCUGAUAGCAGCAGCCUGAAAAAGCACCUCAGGAUCCAUUCUGAUGAGCGUCCAUUUAAAUGCCAGAUAUGCCCAUAUGCCAGCCAUAGCUCCAGCCAGCUCAUUAUUCAUCUUCGCUCUCACACUGGUGAUGCUCCUUUCCAAUGCCAGUUGUGUGAUGCUAAAUUUAAAAUCAAUUCAGACCUAAAGAGACAUAUGCGCAUCCAUUCUGGUGAAAAACCAUACCAGUGUGACUAUUGUGAUUAUCGCUGUGCCAUGAAGGGUAAUCUCCGAUCUCAUGUCCGUGUGAAGCACAGCAUGGAGAACGCUUUCAAGUGCCCACAGUGUGACUUCCAAUGUGGCAAUAAAUCCACUCUUCGGCAGCACAUAAGGUCUCACCAGCCAGAUAAGCCGAUAAAGUGCUUGCAAUGCAGCUACUCCUGUUCCAGUAAAGGAUCACUGAAGGUACAUGAAAGAAUUCAUUCCGAAGAUCGACCUUUCAGGUGCAAAUUUUGCUGUUUUGAUUCAAAGCAACGGAGUAAUCUGCUUAUGCACGUGAAAAAACAUCAUGUAGGUAAGGACAAGAUGGGUGCAGGGAAAAAGGAUAUUGAUGGUCAAAAGCAAAACAGUUCAAGGUUAGUGGUAAAACUAGAUGCCAAAAAGCCUUUCAGAUGUGACCUGUGUGAAGCAAGUUUUGUCAGAGAAGAUUCACUCCGCAGCCAUAAGAAUCAACAUCGUGAUUUAUCCCACAGCAGUGAAAGCAGUGAACUAGGAGUUCUACAACUGCAGAUGCAUCAUGAUAACCAAAGCACUUCUCCUUCAAUGUCUAGUGAUCUUCAAUCAAGAUCAGUCACAUCCUUUAGCAAAGGAGAGGUGAAUAUUAUCGUAAGCCACCAGCUAAAUCCAACUAACCCCAUUGUUCAAGCAGCUGUAAAUGAACAUCAUACAUUAAGAGAUUCCAUGGUGUCUGAAUCCAGUGAAGACAGGGAUGAUGUUACCUCCAGCAACCAGCUACAACUGUUACAACAGGUCAGCUUGAUUGCUCCAGCCCAACAGACAAUAUCCCAGAAUGAAGUUGAAACUAACUCAUCUUUAGAACAGGAAGGCCCUUUACUUAGCCCAAUUGAUUCAAGUGCUACAGACAGCCUCCAUCAGGCUCUAAUGCAGACUACAUCAGUUGCUAGCGAGGGAUCUUCAAACAACCAGUCAUUUAUCACUGGGUCUGCAAUCAACUGCUCAGAUCUGGACGGCCUCAAUGCCCUCAUUCAAGAGGAAAGCAGAGAAGUCACUGUAGUUAGUGAUUCUAACCAGACUGUUGCAACUGCCCCCUCAUCCUCAGCAUCACCCAUCUUUUCUUCCUCAUCGCCUCAGAUGCAGGGAUCUAAACAAACUUAUUCUAUUGUUCCAGCAGGAGCUCCAUCCAGUGUUACUUGCUCAGUAUUACAAAUCCCAUCACAUAACUCUUCAGCUGCAGGAUUUCCCUCCCAAACCGAGGAAACAAACAGUCUUUUGGUAUCCAGUAUUGGGAUCAGCACUUCAGGAGUGAUUAUACAGAGUCUUCCAAUGGUUGUUUCCACAGCACAACAACAGCCAUCUGAUGAUCAGCUGUCCGAAAGGGCUUUCUAUUCCAGUGAGUCCAGUGCUCCAUCAGCCUUAGUGCUGCAGGACACCUCGCAGCUUUCUGAUAGGCAACCGAUGCAUCUUACCUCUGGUGCAAAUAGCACACAACCUACCUGUUCUGUAACUGAAACCCAAGGAUGGACAAUGUAGUAUGGGUAUGUUGCUGGUAAGGAGCCCUGGUGUAAUUGACUGAAAUGCAGUGAUGAAGUAGAAUCCAGUGUUGUUUGCUGUGUUCUGUAGGCAGCUCUAGUCCUGCAAGUAUGAUUGUUUUGCACAUUCGGCUUUGAGGUGGGACCAUCGCUCAGAAAAACUAUUUCAAUAAUUGUCAUCUGAGAUCCUGAACUCACCUUGCAGCCUCUGUAAACUUAGCAGAGGUCAGAUUCAAAUCUUGACCUUAGUUGAUAAUUCAGAAUAUUAAUUACUUUGUUCUUGGGUGAGUACAAUACUUAGAGCGUCAUUGCAACUGUACACUCCAAAAUAGGAGGGGAAGCAAAAUCGUCAGUGAAUCAUAUUCUAUCUAAUGUAGAAUAUCGAUUAGUUUGUCUGAUCAAACAGUUUAUUGUUAAACUGUAUUGAUUGAUGAAGGGUAAGUGGGGGUGGUGAGCAAGAGUAGGGGUUUGGGAGCCUUUCCAGCUUUGGUCCUUGUGGAGUUAGUUGGCAUUAACUAAAUCAGCAUCAGAAGUGGUGCCACAAGAACUGGGGGGUUGGGAAGAAUUCAAAAUUAAAUCGUUAUCUUCUGCGGAUAUGUGUUUAUCGUGAGCUAUACAUUCAUAAUGUUUUGACUGCCUAGGUUCACAGAGUAGGGACCUUCAUGAGCAAAAAUAUUCGAGGAAAAGCAAUGGGUUUUUAUCAGGUCAUAUGAAGUGGCAUCAAAUGAUUGUACUCAAGUAGGCAAUGUAAACUGCACCACCUGGAGGGAGGUAAAAUUGAAGCAGAAAGGGAUAAAGUGUGCAAAACUAACGGCGGUUGUUCCUCAGGCAGGAAACGAUUCACUCAUGAUUUUGCUUCUCCUAUUUCUUCCAUCUAGUGUCUAAUUGAAUCUAAUAAUUUAGUUGAACACAAUCAUUCUAUAGUGGAUUUAAUUUUAGUCUGAAGUUAAUUAAACCAGUAAAUUACAGCAACCAAGGAUCUGACCAUCUUUGAGACAGGAUCAAUUUUAAUGAAUCGUAAGCUGGAAUCAGAUAAAGUGCAGAAAGCAUGUACAAAUAAUAUUAUACUUUAAUUGAGACAGAGCUUGUAUAUUUUGAAUUGUUACUAUUCCAAACAAAACCAGAUAAUAAAAGUUUACCAGUAC